GCACAGAUAAAUCCCUCAGUGCUACACUCCGUCCUCCUGCAUUUCUUCUAUGCCUGGGACUCUGCUCUUGGCGGACUGAACACCUCUUGCUUCUCGAUAAAUCUGGUGCAAGCCCUCCUGCGGGACUUGGUCCCUCUGGCUAAUCAGUCGGCCAGUAAUGGAGUUGCAGGCAAUGCCCCCGUCCUGUCUCCCAUCUCCGUUUUUCUGUUGACCAAAAUCUUCAGUGAAAUCAUCAGUGCUUUGUCAAACAACGACGAGAAGCGCGAUCAAAAGGAACUUCAGGAAGUUUGUCAGCGUCUACUCGAGGCAAACGCCUCCAUUGCUGGCUCAGGUCUGGAUCAGGGCAAUUGGUUGCGCCGAAACAUGCGCAGCCCGUUGAGCGGUCGCAUAAUGGACGCGGACCACCCGCUUGGCUCGGUUUUGAAGAAUCGUCUUGCUGGAGCCAUUCGUGCCUCCUCCCUGCAUAUGUCCCACUCGGAUGCUUCUAUCCCCGAGACUGCCAAGGGGCGUUCUAAAUUAGUGCCUCUAAUCGAUCGGACAGAAUUGAGUCAGAUUUAA